CAGAGCAGGUUUGUCUACCAACCAAAGGAAAUCGCGCUGGAGAAAGAGAGGUGGAGAGAGAAUCAGAGGGAGAGGUAAGUUGGCCAGCUCGAGCUCUCCCGGAUUUCCACCUGACUGUUCGGGAAGCGGGACACUGGGACAGACAAAAUGUUGAGUUUGGGGAGCGGAGGAGUGAAGUCUACUAAACCGUCGUUUGUGUCUUAUGUUACCCCCGAGGAAAUAAAAUCGGAGAAAGACCCAUCGAAGCAAGAGAAACAUCCUGAUUUGCUACCAGGUGAAGUGGAGUUCUGUAGCGCCAAUCCCAUUCUCAAAUACACUCAAGAUGAUCUCUCCCAGCGUGGCGUCUUUGGCACAUUGUUCUGCACCAAUUUUCGUGUUACGUUCAUUAGUGAUGAGAGACCACAGGAGAAGAAGGCCAAGACCUUUAAGAACAAACUCUAUGGAGAAAAUGACAUUCCAUUAAUGUGUGUGGAUCACAUCUACGGUGUUUAUGAGGAAAAGAGAAAACCGAUAACAGGAGCCCUUGUGAAAAACAAAUAUCCAUCCAAAAUGAUCAUUCACUGUAAAGACCUACGAGUCUUUCAGUUCUGUCUAACAUACAGCAAGGAGGAAGAUGCCAGAAAGAUCUUUCAGGGUAUUGCUCACCAUUGUUUGGAGGAGAAAUCCCUGAAGUGUGUCUUUGCCUUUUCCUAUAUGGGGACACCAAGCCCAGGUACAGAUUUAUCUUCAAUUUCACUUGUUGAUAUGUAUUUUGUAUCUGCAGAAAAACAGCGGAAACAGGAGACCAUUAUGUUUGACUCACCAGAGGACUGGACCUGGGAAAUGAAACGGACAAAGGCGAACUGUAGAUUAGUCAUUGAAAACGAGAACUUUGAACUCUCUCAAAGGUUACCGAAGUACUUUGUCAUCCCAUUAGCGAUAGGGGAUUUAUUCAGCUACCAAGGAAAGGGAUUACCAAUUUGGUGUUGGUCUCAUUACAGCGGUUGUGCUCUCUUCAAAGCGUCUUUCCUGCCUGUGACACAGGAAGAUGGGGAUUUCCAAAAGCACUUGGACACAAUGAUAAAUGCAGUUGCACAUAAUCACCUUUACUCUGUAAAAACAGAAGACCUCUCAGAAUCACUUCCUAAUAUCCAAGACAUCCAGCAGUCAUAUAACAAGUUCAAACAGUUCUUUCUUAUCGAAAAUUCAACCGAUUUUUGGUUGUCAGAUGUGAAAUGGUUCUCUUCCCUUGAAAGCUCAGGAUGGCUAGACAUUAUUAGACAAUGUCUCCAAAAAGCAGUAGAGGUGGUUGAAUGUCUUGAAAAGGACAACACAAAUGUUCUUAUAACAGAGGAAGAGGGAACAGAUCUGUGCUGUGUGAUCUCUAGUCUGGCUCAGAUAAUGCUGGACCCUUAUUACAGAACACUGAUGGGUUUCCAGAGUCUAGUACAGAAGGAGUGGGUGGCUGGUUGCCAUGCCUUCUUGGAUCGAUGUAAUCGCCUCCAUCUGAAAGACAAGGAGUGUCAUUCUCCAGUCUUCCUUCUGUUCCUGGAGUGCGUGUGGCAGCUUGUUCAGCAGCACAGCCCAGCCUUCCAGUUCUCCGAAACAUACCUAACUGUGCUGUCCGACAGUGUUCACGUGCCAAUCUUUAGCACCUUUCUGUUUAACUCUGCCUAUCACAGAGAAAAUGUUAUGAAGGCAGAGUCACCGCUUGCACAAAGCGGCCCAUUGAGCUGCCCUACAGUGUGGGACUGGUCUGUGCAGUUUGACGGCAAGGCCCAGAAUUUCUUCUUUAACCCCUUGUAUUUAGAAAAGGUGAAACAUGACAGAGCUGUACGCAAACCUCACAAGCCUAAGCACCAAAGACAUUUAUCCUUACCCAGUGCAGCUUUCAAAACCCCACUGAAGAAAGGUUUCUUUAAGGAAGAGGCUGAUAGCCUUAAAAAGAUGCUACGAGUGAAGCGUCUCAGUCGCUGGAGGGGCUCUCCGGAUGCCCCCGCUGCCACCACCCGCGAGUUCUACGAGUCCUGGCAGAACCGUCCUCUGGACUAUCAUGGCCUCCUGCUCCCCUAUCUGGACGGACCGGCUGUCCGUGUCUGGAUGCAGCGCUACCUGCGCUGGAUACCUGAGGUGUACAUCCUGGGCGGAGGCUCCAUGGCCGUCAUGACCAAGCUUAUGGAACUUCAAAAUCAGGUGCAGGAUCUGAAGCGUGUGCUGGAGCAAAGAGACCCGUCACAAGAUGCUAAACUUGAUCACCGUCCAUACCUUCAGCAACGGCUGCUCUCAUUCGACUCCUCAGGACGACUGUCGUCCUCAUUUCCCUUCGCUUACACCCGCAGCCGAAAUUUCAAGCCCAGCUUUCCUACAGCUCUGAUGCAAAGCCUUAUGUUAACUGACAGCCUAGCCAGUCAGGAAGAUGAGGUCAGUUCGGUUGUGAGUUUUGUUUAACGGAGAGUCUUUUUUUCAUCCAUAUUUUUUAUAUUUGUCCAUUUAUUAUUAUAAUAUAAUAUUAUGAGGUAAAUACGGGAUUAUAGUGGCCUUGUCAGAAUCAAAUUAGGUGCUUAAAGUGCCUUUGGUGCUAAAGCGGGUCCUUUUGGAAAAUAAAACAGGCUUUUGUCAAACCACAUGUGCCCUACUGUAUCAAAAACAUAAUAUGAGCCCUCAGACAGGAUGUAAGCUCUUUUAUUUUUGAUGUUCUUCACGGAACAAUACCUAGAAUUGUUCUCUUGCUCAUCACAAAACAGGAACAGGAUAUAGCCCUGAGCUUCCAGCCUUUCCACAGUGCAGUGUUACGUAACAUUCCAAAUAGUAUUCCAUUCCAGUGGUGUAUGAAUGGAUGAAACUAUCCUGAAUAAUAGCAGCCAUUAUAAGAGUUACAAAAUACAUCUGACUUCCACACUUUUCUGACUCACACAUAACUCUACUCAGUGGUUGGUAAAGGCUGCAUGUUCUCUGUAUCUAAAGAAGGUUAGCCAAGGAAAAUAGUGUGGAGCCAUCUACAGGUAUAUUAUUGUUACUGCUGCAUUUAAAAUGUAUUGAAGAUUAGAUUAUACUCACUGAGGUCUGAUGUGACUGCUAAUUUCUUUUCCCUAGAUGCCUAGUCAGCCUUCGGGUUAAAAGAUGUUUAAUAAGGGCUUUUUUUGUUUUGUUGUUUCUUAAGAAAAUGUAAGAAAACAGGAAGUAUGGAACAUUACAUGAGAUCAGCUGUCUCAGAGUUUCAGUGCUUUGUUGCACAAUGUACAUUGUGUGGCUCUUAGCCAUCCAGUGAAAGGCUGGCUCUUAUUUUAGUAGUACAUUAAGACAGAACGAUUAAAAAAAAUUACACAAAGCUGAUUAUUAAUAGCAUCACAUUUAUACCAGAACAAGAUUCAACUGGCCAAUUAUUUAUA